UGAGGAGCGAGAGAGAAAAGGGCGCUGUGGCGGGGCGGGAGGAAGUGAGCGACGUCUCGGCUCCCGCUGCGAGGCGGCUGGCGGGUGGGCCGGCCAGGUGAGCCCGCGAUGCCGCUACGCUGGAAGCCGGGGCUGCCGCUGCUGCUGCUCCUGGGGCCGCUCGGUCCCUUCUCCCCAGGCGCCCGGGCGGGACCCGCGCAGGCCGAGGACGCCGUGGAGCUGCGCUUCUCCACCGAGCGGCCGGUGCACCUGGUGAGUCCCGCGUUCCUGUCCUUCACCAUCGACGCCAACCUGGCCACCGACCCGCGGUUCCUCACCUUCCUGGGUUCUCCAAAGCUUCGCACUUUGGCUAGAGGUUUGUCUCCGGCAUACCUGCGAUUUGGUGGCACCAAGACGGACUUUCUCAUUUUCGAUCCCCAAAAAGAACCGACCUUUGAAGAGAGGAGUUACUGGCAGUCUCAAGUCAACCAGGAUAUUUGCAAAUCUGGAUCCAUCCCUUCCGAUGUAGAGAAGAGGUUACAGUUGGAAUGGCCCUUCCAGGAAAAAUUGCUGCUCAGAGAACAGUAUCAGAAAAAGUUCAAGAACAGCACUUACUCAAAAAGCUCCGUGGAUAUGCUGUAUACUUUUGCAAAUUGCUCAGGACUAGACUUGAUCUUUGGGCUAAAUGCCUUGCUACGAACAGCAGAUUUGCAGUGGAACAGUUCUAAUGCUCAGUUGCUCCUGGACUAUUGCUCUUCCAAGAAUUAUAACAUUUCUUGGGAACUAGGCAAUGAACCUAACAGUUUCCGCAAGAAGGCUGGUAUUUUCAUCGAUGGAUUGCAGUUAGGAGAAGAUUUUGUCAAGUUGCAUAAACUUCUAGGAAAAACCACUUUCAAAACUGCAAAUCUCUAUGGUCCUGAUGUUGGCCAGCCUCGAGGAAAGACUCUCAAGAUACUGAGAAGUUUCCUGAAGGCUGGGGGUGAAGUGAUUGAUUCGGUUACAUGGCACCACUACUACUUGAAUGGACGAAUUGCUACCAAAGAAGAUUUCCUAAACCCUGAUGUGUUGGACACUUUUACUUCAUCUGUGCAAAAAAUUUUUCAGGUUGUCGAGGAGACCAGACCCCACAAGAAGGUUUGGUUAGGAGAAACGAGCUCUGCGUUUGGGGGUGGAGCACCCUUGCUGUCCAACACCUUUGCGGCUGGCUUUAUGUGGCUGGAUAAAUUGGGCCUGUCGGCCAGAAUGGGCAUAGAAGUGGUGAUGAGGCAAGUGCUCUUUGGAGCCGGAAACUACCACUUAGUGGAUGAAAACUUCAAACCUCUACCAGAUUAUUGGCUAUCUCUUCUGUUCAAGAAAUUGGUGGGCACCAAUGUGUUUAUGGCAAGUGUGAAAGGUCCAGACAGAGGUAAACUUCGAGUAUACCUUCAUUGUACCAACGUCAACCACCCAAGGUAUAAAGAAGGAGAUUUAACUUUGUACGCCUUAAACCUCCAUAACGUCACCAAACGCCUGCGGUUGCCCUAUCAUCUAUUUGACAAACAAGUGGACAAAUACCUCAUAAAACCUUUAGGGCCUGAUGGAUUACUUUCCAAAUCCGUCCAGCUCAAUGGUCGAACUCUGAAGAUGGUGGAUGAUCACACCCUCCCGGCUUUGACAGAAAAAGCUCUCCGCCCAGGAAGUUCACUGGGUUUGCCACCUUUCUCAUAUGGAUUUUUUGUGAUAAAAAAUGCCAAAGUUACUGCUUGCCUCUGAAAAUGAAAGGCAUACACUAGCCCUGAGAUUGAAUUUUUCAAGUAUAUUUAUUGAUAAGAGGAAAGCAAAACCCAAGCUAUAGGAAGGCAAGCAGAUGCAUUACAAAUCAACUAGUGGAAGCUUCAGGGAUCCUGGGACACUCUCCGUGUGAGAUUCAGCACAGUCCUUUGUUCUAAGUAGACCACUGCUAAUAAUACCUUGUGCCAAACACUAUGCUUAGUGCUUUGCAUGUUCUGUUUUUAUUUAAGGUUAUUAAAAAGGUAUAUGGAUGCUCCCAAUACAGCCAGAAGGCAAGUAAGUGAAGGCUAUAUGAUUAAUUUUAAGUGCUUAGUUGUUUUUAUCUUAAAAAACAGUUUUUAAAGGAUUGCAGGAUUCCUUAUUCUAUACACUGUCUUUAUGGAAAGAGUUUACUGCCACAAUCUUCAAAUUGUCUAUAAAUGAGAGACAGUCUCUUUUCACCUAAACAGAGAGCUAAAUUCAACUGCUGCUUCUCUUCUCUCUGUGAGAGACGACAGACGGUUAGAAGUGAUAGUACAAAAAAAGAAUUAAUGACAAUUUAGAGGGACUGGAUUAUGUAAACGUCAAAUGAAAUUUUACAGUGACUGUAAAUGAAAUUGAUUUGCCAAGAGGAGAAAAUGUAAUUCAAUACAUUUUAACUACCUGUUAAUGUUUA